GUGUUGUUUUUUUUUUUUUUUUGCGUGACGACUACGAUGACAGGGAAGGAGUAUUUCCCGAUACUUAUAACCCUACUGAUGGUAUCCAGCAUAUCAGCGAACUGUGUCCUUCCAGACUAUCCAUCUAACGUGGAUUGCUAUACUACAGCGAUAGAUGGAUCGUGUAACGACACAACCGUGGUGACGUCACCCGGCACUGUGCUGGCGACUGGUAGUUUCAUAUAUGUACAGUGUGAUAACGGUUUUGAGUCUACAAAUACAGGGUAUAGCUGCUUCACAAUUAUUGGUACAUCUAGUAUAGCCCCAACGCUGGGUGAUUCCGCUUGCGCAAAACUUUGUCAGGAUCCUGGAAAUCCAAGUUUAGGAUCACGAAGUCCAGAUCCAACGGUAGAUGGUUCAUUUUAUGAGACAGGUGACCAGGUUACGUUUACAUGUGGUGUUAAUACCACGACGUACGGUGUAGACACGUUCACGUGUGACGACGGAGACUGGACAGUCGGGGGUAAUAUACAAACAGCUCUUCCACCAGAAUUAUGUUUCUUAAAUUGCCAAAAACCCGACGCUCCAGAAAAUGGCAAAGAAGUCGACGGUGCAAGUUACGUACACGCGGGUUCCGUUGCUUACGAGUGUGACGGAGAGAAAACCAUGAUAGGCAGUUCUACUCUCACAUGUUAUAAUGGAACAUGGGAUAAUUCGAAUUGGGGAUAG